AUGAAACAAGACUGCGGCGCAAAGGAAUAUAGGCCCGUUGCCCUCGGGACCGAUUAUGCGACAACAGACUCCGCCUUAUAUGAUCCCGACUUUCCGCCUAUCCAUUUUCCUCACGUCUUUAUGAGCAAUGGCAAGCCCAUCCAGUCGUUCAUGUGGCUUGCCAAUGGCAGGGAGACCAAGGGGUGCGUUAUUCUUGCUCCGCAACGCUAUGGCGGUGACUGUCUGGACAGUCUUGUUCCGGCCUUGGUGGGCGCGGGUAUCAAUGUCCUGCGCUUCAACCCGCGUGGGAUGUGGGAUAACGAACAUGACUAUUCUCUCAUGAGCGCAGUCGAAGACCUGCACUCGGCCGUGGCCUUUCUACGAAAAGAUGAUGGCCGGCACACCACCCCACCUGGCACGACACCUCUACCGCGCAGUUUUCUGAUCGACACAGACCGAAUCGCCGUCCUCGGUAAAAGUGGCGGUGGUGGUGCAGUCGGUUGGAUAGGGGCCGCCGAAAACACCGCGCUCAACACUGUGAUCUCGGUCUGCCCUAUCCUAUUAUCUCCUCCAAUACCAGACGACUAUGCCAAAGUAUUCGCCGAUUUGAAAGAAUCGACUGCCGGGCGUAUCGACCUCAACUCUGAGCUGGAAAGGAUGUCUCCAGCGGACUACGACCGCAUGGACAUGCACAAGGCGGCCUCGAAGCUCGUUGACAAGAAUGUGCUAUUGAUAGCGACCCCUAAUCGUGUGCACCUGAAGAACAUCCAUCAGCCCCUUAUCGAUACAAUGCAGAACUUAGGCGCCAAGAAAUUUUCACAGGCUAUCCUUGGACCUGACGAAUACUUCCUGACGUCGCGGAUCAUGCUUACUCGUUUGAUUGUGUCCUGGUUGAAAGCUGAGUGCGGAUUUUAA